UUGAAGGUCAUGCCUGUGUGUGUGUGGUGUGGAGAGGGCUGUGUUACAUGUGCUGUGUUAUGGACACUAUUGGUAUGGUAUGGUGCCUACAUUGUGAUGAGUGCGAUUAGAAUGCCCUUCCUCCAUGGAUAAAGUGAACAGUGGAGUUUCAGCAGGAGGAUGUGACAAUUAGACAGGCUGAAUCACUAUCUCAUCUUGAUAAUUUAUUUUGAUCUUCAAAAUGAAGAGAGCACAACAUGCUGCUACAAACAGGAGGAAGCGCGAGAAUUAACCAACUUCAUUGUCAUGAUAAUCCUGUUUGUUGGCAAGCGCUCGUCUACACAGCCGGCCCUGGUCCCUUGUUACUGUUGUGUCAAUUACUCUACUCAUGGAGGUAGAUUUACUGUACAUGUACAUGCAGCCAGCCUUUCAUCCGUGAAUGUUGUUGGUUAUUCUGAACAACAAUGGUCAUGUUGGAAUACAAAUACGGAAACACUCCAUGAAAUAACAAAAACGGGAAGUCGGGAACCUCUAGACACAUGCUCAAUGAUUCACGGCCAGGAGACAGUGCGUUAUUGGGGAAACCCCAUGACAUAUUACACAUGUCAAAUCCGGUCCUGUCCAACCCGUAGGCCUAUUGACCAUCCUAAGACAUACUGCUUUAGGAAUUUGGAAAAUGCAGUCGGGCGGCAAGUUAUGUGUGUAUGAUUAUUUGGAAAUCGUUUCGGAGCCCUUACAAACGUGUUUGUUGUGAAAAUACCCAAAUAACUUUCUUAAUAGGCCUACUAUAGUCGCUAUUCUCAGAAUGUCCAUUUCGUAAGCUCGAGUCGAGGAAGGUGAGUCUCACGGUCUAUUCUACAAAGUACAAGUAUAAGCAGGCCUUAUAAUCGUGGUGUGUAGGCCUAUCCGGGGUCCUCCUUGUUGUACUCCCAAAGUAUUUAUAACCAUAACUUGAUCAGCUUGCUUCACACUGAGGCGAUCUGUUCCAGACCUUAUUUCGGGAAUCAUGUGCGGACGGAUUGGGAAUAUCAUCGGCUGGUUGCGGACUCGGAGACCUGGUAAAUCUGACUUCGGUUUAUCGGGAGGUGACAUCUCGCUUUUUAUCUAUGCUCAGUGGCCUGUCCCACAGACCCUCUUUCUUGCAUAUCGUGUCUUCAUGGCAUGCUACGUGAUGACAUGGUUGAUGAUGUCAAUAGUCAAUGCUGGUAACACUACUGGACUAGGCGGCUUCUUCGUCUUCUUAACCAACUGGUCAUUCAUUGUACUCGCUUUGUACUUUACUAUUGCCGCCAUCGGAACGGCUUAUACUGUCUUUAUGCGAAGGAAUAGGAUUGCAUGUUCACCACCUCAAACAACAGCAAACGAAUUAACCAUGCAGCCUCAACCAUCAGACAGCAACGCUAACCAGUCAGUGUCUAAACCAACCACCGUGACUCCAUGCGAAAACAUCAACAAGCUCCCUAUAUAUUUCAAGGUCACGUGGGUUCUACUUAAUGUAUGCCUGACUGCACACCCGAUCAUAACUAUUAUUUAUUGGGGGUUUAUCUAUGACCCAGAGUUUGUCUACAACAACCAGGGUGGUGCUUACGGUGUGGCAUUGACGGUGCACCGCCACGCCUUAAACACCAUCUUCGCCUACUUGGAUCUCUUUGUCUCAGCCACACCCAUCAAGUUCUGGCACUUCGUGCACCCCUGUGCGUACAGUCUCCUGUACAUAGCUUUCUCCCUGGUCUACUUCUGGGCGGGUGGGAGAAACCCAUACGAUGGCAACCCAGCCAUCUACACGGGCAUUCUCGACUGGACAACUCCCGCUCGUACAAUUCCAAUCUUAUUUGGCGUAAUACUAACCUUAGUGAUGUUCCACUCUAUCGGCUAUGGAUGUUAUAGACUACGGGUCUACAUUGGGGAUAGAUGUUUGAACGCAGGUGAUGGUCACCGUAGGGAUUCGCAGGUAUUACAUAACCAGAUCAACAUAGAAUGCAAUCCCAUUGUUUGAGUGUUUUUAUACGACAUGUGUACAACGAACGUGCUCAGUGCGUUCUGAUAUAGACAUCUUUUAAUGAUUUGCGAUGCAGAUGACGUCAUUAAGACAGGCAACGUUAGAUGUAGAACAAAAUAAUGGACACCGCACUGCACAAUCUAUGUAGGUAAAAUUGACACCAUUGGUGUUGUCACAUUUAGUGUUGAUACCCAAAUGAUAAUGUUAAAAACACAAAUGUACGUUGGCAAAAAGUUAUGCUAUUUUAAGACCCUGUCGUGUAAAUUGUUUUGACACCCCUGUUUUUGCAGUACAGGAAUACACUAACGACAUUCUUAGCUUACUAUGUUGUAAAAAAUAACAUUUUAACAGGGUGCUAAUUAACAUGAAAAGUUUACAUCCAUAGUUACGGCUUAGUAACUAAAAUAACUAUUACCAGUACUAGGGAAAUGCCAACGGCAAUUGCUAAAAAUUAAAAUGCAAACUAAUUGUGUUAAUAAAUAACCCGUGCAUUAAACUUUAUAUAUUUUCCUUUCAGUUGACAAAGUAAGUUUUUUAUCCUUUUAAAAGUUUCCGUUGAGUUUAACGUUAGAUCAAGGUACUUAAAAAAGUAGUUUUCUUUAUUUUCAUCAACAGUUUAUAGAAUUAUUAUUAUAUCAUUUGUGGGGGUAAAGUCCCUCAAUAUUUGCAGUUUAUUGUUUAAAACAGUUCCAUUAAAAUGAUCGUUAAAGCGCCCAUUGUGUCAUCUUUGUAUUAGGGUGUUGGGACUAUAUUGUUUUAUAUAACAAGCUGAUCAUACUUUUCGUUUCGACUGUAAAUACCAUUAGGUUGGCAAAACAAUUGUCAAAAAACACCACACUGUAAGAAAUAUGCGUAUUUUCACGAAUUCUGCAAAGUGAAGUAUUCCGUAAAUUUCGCCGUUAUUUUACGGACUUUCCAUAAAUGCAAAUAUUAAUUAUGCUAAUUAGCGUCAUAACAAUCGACUACAUUUGGCUUUCAUGGGGGACACAACCUUCACUAAUCUGUAGAUGUACAAUGAACAGCUCAGGGCGUAUUGAUAUAAUAAUUUCAGUUAUUUAAGAUGCAAAUGAUGUCAUUAAUUUUAUAAAAAAUAUGUAAAAAACACAUAAGGCACACCGCUCUGCAGAAUCCUUGGUGUUAAAAUUGACGUUAUUGGUGCAAUUGUGUUAUUGUGUAAAUAUUGAUUCUCCGUAUCCAUAAUGUGAAAACACAAUGGUGUCAAUUUUAACACAGUUCUUUGUAGUGCAGGAACACGUGUGCCAUUCUUAGCUUUAUAAAUUAAAAUUAAAAUGUAAAUCAAAUAAUCAUCAAACAGGUGCCAGUUUACAUGACAAAUUUACAGCUAUUCGUGUAUUAUAAUUACAGCUGAGUUAACAAAUGAUUACCAGUGAUUAAAAUGCAAAGACAUUUUGUUGAAUGAA